CUUAGGACCUUUAAUUAAACUAGAAGAAAUUAUGCUCAUUUGAUAUGAGCACUCUAGAGUCACCAUUGCAUUAACUUUACCUGUUUUCUAUCUCCACAUUUGAUUGGACAAAAGGAUAUCAUAUUUGUCUUGCAUGUAAAGUUGGUGGGCAAGAUAAAGCAAAAAACAAUGCUAAGCAGAGCAGGAACACCAACUCCACUUCUCACCCAACUUGUCAUUUCAUCUUUUGCAUCAUUAUAACUUUUUUACACCAUAAAGUUGCAAAAAAGAAAAGAAAAGAUGCCUUUGAUUGAUUAUUUGAUUAUUCUGUUAUAUAUUUGUCUUCUAUUUCAAGUUGCUAUUAUGUCUUAUAUUAUAUAUUAUAUAACAUUUCAGGUUAAUUUGGCCAUAAUUAUAUAUUGGCAGUACUUUGAUUCCUUUAUCUCUCUCUAGUAAUUUCUAUAGAGAAAAUCAGCUCAAAAACACAGUAGAAAUGAUGAAGUGGUUGAAUUUGUUGCAAGGAAUGAAUUGAGUGCAAUCAUUGCCAUAGGUUGAUGAGGAUGAGAUUUAUUGGAGACACAGAAAGGAAGAUGGAAAGUUGGAAUGGUCACACAAUUCCACUCACUUAAUAUCUCAGUUAACUCAAUGUUUUUCUACUGCUAUGGUUGGAUCACGAUCAUGGAUAGGAGGACUCUUUCACCGCGUAAAUAUUAGACAAAAUGAUAAGUUUGUUGACUAUCCUCUGACUCCUCUUGAGGAAGAAAGACUACAACGGCUUCAAGAAAGGCUGCAAGUUCCUUACGAUGAAACUAACCCCGAUCAUCAAGAAUCAUUGAAAGCUUUGUGGAAAUGUUCCUUUCCUAAUGUUUGUCUGAAAGGCUUGAUAUCUGACCAAUGGAAAGAGAUGGGAUGGCAAGGUGCUAAUCCGUCGACUGACUUUAGGGGAUGUGGCAUCAUUUCCCUUGAAAAUCUGCUGUUUUUCGCGAGGAAAUAUCCGGCAUCUUUUCACAAGCUGAUGUUGAAGAAAGACGGAGUGCGAGCUACAUGGGAAUAUCCAUUUGCUGUUGCUGGCAUUAAUAUAUCUUUUAUGUUGAUACAGAUGUUGGAUUUAUGCUCAGAAGGAAAGCCUCGAUGUCUUCCUGGCAUGAACUUUGUCAAGUUUUUAGGAGAAGAUGAAGAUGCAUUUGAUAUUUUAUUCUGUAUAGCUUUUGAGAUGAUGGAUGCACAAUGGCUGGCUAUGCAUGCUUCCUACAUGAAUUUUAACGAGGUGCUACAAACAACGCGGAUGCAAUUGGAAAGAGAGCUAUCGUUAGAAGACCUAAACAGAAUACAAGACUUGCCGGCUUACAAUCUGUUGUACAAAUAGCUUUAAUCUUUUGCGUCUGUCCAUACACAACAAAUUCCAAGUGGUACGAUCUUGUAAGCACUGCAGACAAUCCGGUUACAAUGUCUAUCCUCGUUGCACUAAGGGACUCGCUCUUCUUCUCAGCGGGUUUGUAUGAGUCACCUUUGAAGCUGCUUAUAGCUGACAUUUGGUAAAUGAGCUUCUGAAAUUGAAAGAGAAUUUUGAGAUACAAGCGCGUGUUGCAAUGGUAGUUUGACAAUUGACGUAUUUCUAAUCCUGGAGAACAAUUGAUGAUUUGAUGAAAAGUGAGAACCAUGUCUAAUCUGAGUUCAAAAGAAAAUUGUACAGUCUUGAAGAUAUAAUAUUGGUGAGAUUAGAAGGAGCAAAUGCAAUACAAAAGUUAAUUCACUUGUGUACACCUCGUUUGUUUCGCUAUGUCGUUUUGAGUUUAUGCUAACACAAACACUUAUAGCUGCAUAAUGUCACCGUUCUGCAUUUACUGUAAAAAAAUAAUACAAGACAUUAUUUGAGUUAGUUUUAUUAUAACAUGUAAUUAACAUGUUCUGGUAUGGAACACAUAGAUUAUUACUA